AUGGCACUAGCAGUUGCCAAGGCGCAUGAAGAGGCCAACAAUGCCGCAGCAGCUUCCGCACUACUGAUUGGAGGAUACCAGCAGAGGCAGCUCCGAGGACCGCUGUCGCCUUCAGCAUGGCCAGACAGCUAUCGUCCAAUAAGGAGGGUUCACUUCACCGACGUGCAAGAGGUUGUGGACAUCAUGAAGUUACAAUCUGCAGCUGGGACCCCUCUCAUCGUAGAGGGGUCUGAGAUGAUAGAGGUCGAAAAGUGGUCAGCGCUUUCACAUGUCAGCAGCCUGCUGCACGACAGGAAGGUCUUGGUGAAGAAAUCCUCAAGCUCUAAGUUCAGAUAUUUUGACAUCAAGAAGAACACAGGAAAGUUUGAGUUCCAAAAUCCAGUGGAAGAAGUGCAGGAGACUUUCGGUGACUUUCUGCAAGAAGCAGAAGAGAUCUACAUGAAAGGCUCAAAUGCCCGGAUGUAUUUGCAAGAAACGCUGUCGGGUCACAGUGAAAUGGCAGAGGAGUUUUCUUCUUGGAAGUGGGAAUUGCCAAUUCGCAUCAGUGCUGAGUGUGGCUGGGGCUUACCAGAUUCCAAUGAGCUUUUCAUUGGAAUGCUUGGAGCAGAAACUCCACUUCACUUCGAUGAGCGGGAGAACCUGUUCUUCCAGAUCAGAGGGUUGAAGGAGAUUGUCGUCUACCCGUUCGUGGACUACCCACGGCUAUAUCCAUUCCCAACAACACACCCGUGUGAUCGCCAGUCAAUGGUUGGCAGUCCCCUUGACGCUGACUUGACCGCCUUCCCCAAAUUCAAAGAUGCGGUCGGACACUUCGCUACACUGAAGGCCGGUGACCUCCUGUACUUGCCUUAUGGAUGGUGGCACUGGCUUCGAAACCUGGACAGCAUGUCAAUAUCGGUAUCAUUUUGGAGUACAACGCCUUCAGCGGACCUUUCCACUGGAAUCCCAAAGGAGUUUACGGAACACAUGCUGACAAGAGUCAGGCGCAAUUUGGAGAGUUCCUGGGCAGCCCCACGGGCCCCCCUAUCAAGGCAGGGUAAUUAG